AUGAAGCUGUUAUUCUUAGCCCUCUUGGCUGUGGGACUUUCAAAUGCAAGAUGGGUGCGCCGCCAGCGGUCCAACCAGCCCAAAGAGACAAGUUUCGUUGGUAAAGCUACUAACGAACUUUCUACAACCAUCUUACAGGGAUACAUUGAUGAUGAUAAAAAUAUUGCUUUCUCGCCUCUUGGCUAUUCCGCCAUUCUUGCCAUACUCGCGGAAGGUGCUAAAGGAGAGACAAGAAAACAACUAGUAUCGGCAUUACAUUUGCCAGAAGACCAAGAUUUAACAAGAAAGACAUACCGUUACAUUUUGGAACGUCUUAAAUUCAAAAAUGAAUAUAAUUUUAAUCAACCAGAAUUGAAAAAUUUCUUCUACAUAUACAAGAAUUACACAAUUAAUGAUGAUUAUAAGAAAAUUCUGGAAGAUUACUACUUAACUGAAGUGAGAUCCGUCGAAAGGUAUAACGACCAUGAACCAGAAGACAAAAAGGAAGAAGUUAGUGACAUAAUACCACCGAAUGAAAGUGUUCCAUCCGAUACGAGCGAAAAGUUAAUUUCUUAUGCUGUCGAGGAUACUCCAGAAAAGGUCGACGUUACUCACACUGAAUACAAACCAGCUAAAAAUAUCAAGGAACAAAUAAAGCUGGUAAAAACAAAUGAUGAAGAAAUUGGUGAAGAUGAAGAAACUAUGGUUGCAGUUGAAGCUAGGAAUCACGCGCGGAGUCUUAGAGUGCUGAGUGGCAAUAAUGACGUAGCAUCAAGUAUUUCAGUUAAUAGUGUUGGGAAAAAAUCUAGCAAAACAACUAACUCAUUAAUGUUGAUUUUCAACGGAAUGUAUUUCCGUGGAACGUGGGAGAAGGCAUUCGAUAAAGUAGAAUCGGGUGUAUUCUAUAAAUCCAAUACGGAGAAAAAACAAGUGCCAAUGAUGAAAACAAAGGGCAGUUUCAAAACCAGUUCUCUACCAGAUUUGGACAGUGAAGCCAUUUUGUUGCCGUACGAUGGUGGUCGCUAUGCUCUGCUGUUGCUAGUGCCGCGCGCACGCGACGGUCUCAGGCGAUUAAUAGCUGAUUUGCCCGCUACCACUAUAUCAGAAAUCCAAGAAAGUUUGAAUGAAGAGGAAUUGCAAUUGUCGAUGCCUACAUUCUACGUGGAAACUACAACUAAGCCAGUCACUGCUUUGGCUAAGUUUGGAGUCAGCAGUAUUUUUGGUAAAGAAGCAGAACUGACAGGAAUUUCUUCAAAGGAAGGACUGUUUGUGCAAGAGUUGGUGCAGAACGUGGCUGUUCGUGUCGAUAAUAAUGAUUCUUCGGUAUCGUUAAUUGGAGUGGGUGCUGCCGGAGAAGAAGAACCAGCAUCACUAAAAAAUCUUCCUUUAUUUGAAAAUAAAGAGUCUCGUAAAUUUUGCGUCGAGCACCCAUUCGUAUUUUAUAUUAUUGACCGUCUAGACGACCUGGUCGUUGUUUCUGGAAAAGUCAUUGACCCAAUAUUGCCGACGGAUAUU